AUGGCUGAUCAAAAAUGCCCUCGAUCCUCUGCCUCUGCCACGCCUCCAGAGCACACUGCCUCGGCUUCACGGCAUCAUGACAGAAAACCCCCGCGGGAUGAAUACCGGAUUUUAACAAAGGAUGCUCUCAAAAACAUUGAGGAUUACGAACUCCCUUUGGAUCAAGAUGCUGAAGACUCUCAGCCAGUCAGGAAGCUUCGGUCCAACUCCGAUCUCGACCGCCCACAGGUCAAGGUCUUCAUCAGGACCCGUGAAAAAGCUCUGAUCUUUGCAAUGGAGGCCCAAUCGUGGAAUCUGAAGCCUGUCAACAAGAACGCUAGAAUCCAUGUAUUUUGGACUGAUGCAUCGGUGGUCAACGCAUGUGCUGCUGGCGCCGUUGCUCGGCAGGAGGCUCGACCAGGGGAGUUCGUGACAACAACUUAUACAUAUCCUUGCCCCGUUCUGUGUCCACUUACCGUGGAGAUCUUUGCGAUUGCUAAUGCGUUGAGUGAGGCUGCCACGAGAGUCCGAGAAUGCUUACGUGUCCCCGCGGCCGACGGAAGUGGACGCUUGCCUCAACACGAGGUGUUCGUCUUUACCGAUUCGGAAGGCGCACUGAGGGUGAUCCGAGGCACCAACAAGAAAGCGCUCAGCCAGGAUACGCAAGUCCUGGUUCAGUUUGUCACUUCGAUGAGCGUCGAACUCAAGGCACUCGGGAGCCUGGUAGAACUUCAUCUGGUCCCAGGGCACAGCAAGGUGCCUGGUAAUUGCGAGGCGCACACAGCCUCCCGAUACGCUGCGCGAAGCCUGGCAUCACAGCGGGGCAUGACUAACGCUGAGGAAGGUAUGCGUCUGUAUCAGAAGGGCCCCUUCACAGCCUUGUUCCCACUUCCAGAGGAACCCUCUUUUCUCCUCGACUUGAUGAGGGCGCUACACCUGACGAAGCCAGUGUACCCAGGGCAGGCGUUGGGGAUUGGAUUCCUGCCGAUCUUCGAGGAUUGA